ACUGCUAACACAUAUCCAAGAGGGGAGGCAGGGAGAGGGGAGAGGGGUUGAAAGCCAUGAAAGACCACUGGCUCGACAAUUCGAUUAAAUAGAUGAUUGUAAACUCAAACAAUAUCAUGUAACAACAUUUUUUAAAACAAACAAAAAGCAAUCCUCCCUCUCCCAAGUAAUUUCAACUUCAAGUUUUAGGACGUUUAUUUUACUUUUUUUUUAUCAAGGAUAUAACAAAUGAUGAGCCUACACGACGAUUCUACAAGUUCAGCACAAGGAAAAGAUCUUCUCUCUCCAUUUUACGCAUCAAUGGAAUUCGACAGAUGGAUUUAACAGCGCCUGACAGAGAUCAAGUCGUUCGUUGUUGUUGAUUUUUGAAGUCACAUCUGAAAGUUUCAAAAGUUAGUAGUAAUUGCAUUAAGAGUGAUGAGCGGAGGUCGCUUUGAGUUCGAUGAUGGCGGAGCUUAUUGUGGAGGCUGGGAGGGAGGUAAAGCGCACGGGCACGGGAUCUGUACCGGACCUAAAGGACAAGGAGAGUUCUCCGGUUCUUGGAAUUAUGGGUUCGAGGUGGUGGGAGUCUACACCUGGCCGAGUGGAAACACAUACGAGGGUUAUUGGUCCCAAGGGAAGCGUCAUGGUCUAGGUGUGGAGACCAAAGGACACUGGAUCUACAAGGGAGAGUGGACGCACGGAUUCAAAGGCAGAUACGGGACGCGCAUCAGUCAGGGCAGCGGUGCCAAAUACGAGGGCACUUGGAAUAAUGGAUUGCAGGAUGGUUAUGGCACGGAGACCUAUGCGGAUGGCGGUACCUUCCAGGGCCAGUUCACUGGUGGCAUGCGGCACGGCUAUGGGGUACGUCAGAGUGUUCCCUACGGCAUGGCAGCGGUGGUGCGUUCUCCUCUGCGGAACUCUCUGAGCUCCCUGCGUAGUGAACACAGCAAUGGGACGCUCCUGCAGCAGGACAUCCCGGUCAUCACCGCCACCAAUGCAUCAGGCCAGGAGACCCUGGUCAACUCGCCCAUGCCUCUGGGCCCAUCUCGUGGCGGCUUCGCCCUUACCCUGCAAGUGGACCCAGAUGCGGUCAAGCCCAAAAAGAAAGGCCUCUUCCGCCGUGGCUCACUUCUUGGCAAGCUGAAGAAAUCCGAUUCCCGCACCUCUCUCUCCAGCCAGAAGAGCAAGAUCAGCUUUUUGCGGAGUGACUCAGCUCUUAGCUCCGCCGCCAGCGAUGCCAACUCCACCAUCAGCCUGGGUGAGAGCGAAGGGGAAGGUGAAGGUCAAGAGUUUCCCCCCGUGGAGUCGGACAUUGACGCCACCACCACCGAAGUCUACAUGGGAGAGUGGAAAAAUGACAAGCGGGCAGGUUAUGGGAUCAGUGAACGUUCUAGUGGGCUUAAAUAUGAGGGCGAAUGGCUGAACAACCAACGUCACGGUUAUGGGUGCACCACAUUCGCAGAGGGUGGAAAAGAAGAAGGCAAGUAUGUUAACAACCUGCUGGUGAAGUCUGUUAAGAAGAAGGUGAUUCAGCUGAAGGGCACUAAGAUUAAGCAGAAAGUGGAGCGGAGUGUGGAGGGAGCCCAGAGGGCAGCCGCCAUAGCCAAACAGAAGGCCGAAAUCGCCAACUCAAGAACGGCCCAUGCCAAAAGCAAAGGAGACGCCGCAGAACAGUCUGCUAUCGCUUCUAACAAUGAGUCUAGUAUCGCUCGUGUGGUUGCCAGAGAGCUCUCUCCCUCCUUCCAUCAACCAGGUCCUGAGUAUCUGAAAAAACGAGCCCUGCAGGAGGUUGCUGAGAGCAAUGAGAACACGGACAUUGGGAUGCACGAGCCCUUGUUAACUGAGGAUUCCCUACCAACGCCCCCAGAGAGCCCCUUCAUGCAUGAGAUGGAAAGUCCAAGACCAAGUUCCACCUCUGCACGCACCCCCUCACCCACUCCAGUCAUCGUCCCUCAGGCACUCAGCAAGGAAGAUCCAAACCUCUUGAGCCCUGGUAGCUGGAAUGGAGACAAGGCCAGUCGAGGCAGUGGUAGCAGAGGCAGCAGUCGAGCAGGUAGUAGGCCGAGCAGUAGACCCACCACUCCGUCUUCCACUCCUGCUGUUGCUCCCGCUCCAGCAGCCGCUCCCGAGGAGCAUUCUGCUCCCAGCAGCAAGGCCCCAUCCCGUACCCCAAGCCGCCAAAGUGCCAAAGCCGAGCAGGGUUCGGACCUGGAAAUCAAAGCCCUGCAGAAAAUGGACUCAGAGUCAAAAGCAGCAGAACCUGUACCUGCUGCAAAGCCAGUAAGAACCAACCUCGUCCUCCACACCGACGAAGAAGAACCACCUCGCCCUGCCUCUAAGCUGUCCUCCAAAGCAGUCACACCAGAGCCAAAGGCUGCUGAAGUCAAACAUAGAGCUGAAACGAGGGAGCCUGUAAAUGAGCGCCCUGCUUCAAUGACAGAAAUCAAGCCUAGGUCUUGGACAGAAGUAAGGGAGGAGAAGAAAUUAACCAACAAAGUUGAGCCUAAACCUUCACCGAAACGAGAACCAAGCCCUGCCCCGAAAGCUACACCAAAGCCUGAGCCCAAGUCAGUGCCUAAACCAGAACCUAAACCUGUUGUCAAGCCGGUUGCUAAACCAGUUGCCAAGGUCGAGGCCAAAAUUGAGAUGAGGCAGAGGUCUAUUGUGAAAACCACUAGUGAAGCCACACAAGAGUCUCUGGAGCUAGAUGAGGGGCCAAACACGAUUAUGAUCUGCAUGGUUAUAUUCCUGAACAUUGGUUUGGCAAUUCUUUUUGUUCACAUCUUGUCUUGAGAUGAUAAAGCCUAAGCCAAAACCAUCCAGGUGAAAGAAACUACCGUGGGGAGCUGUGAGGAUGCACUGCGCUCCAUUAACGGCUCUGUUGUUGCGUUAUCCAGUUUCAGAGCAGCCCUCCUGAGCUACUCAGAUGGUUGCCAUCUGUAAUUGGACCGAGUGCUCCCAAAUGAUCGGUGUGUCUCAAUGCCUGAACAUUAAAAUAAAGCAUUUGCUUUGUUUGUAAAAGGUACUGCUGCAUUGAACAGUUUUGUUGAAGUCUAAUGCAGCUGGAACGAAUCAUCUAUAAUAAGGGCUAAUUUACAUUGUGCACAUUCACAAUCAUGUCACAUAUCCUAUAGAGCAGAACAUGUCAAUUAGCACAUAAUAUUCAUCUUUGGAGAAUAAACAAAUAGUUAUGACAUUACGAAAUGGGUCAAUCCUGUUUUUUUCUUUACAAUGGCUAGAACACACAUAAAAUCCACCAGUGCACUUAUGCUUUAACACCAGGUAGCAUCAUGCAUCACAAUCUCAGAUGCUGUAUGCACAUUCAAUGUCUUAACGUCUCCACAAAAUACACAAUUGGUAUAAAAAGAGUUAUGAGAACAUUUUAAUAUGAAAAUGAGGUCUAUAAAGAUAAAAGUAGGUUUAUAUUAUUAAGCUAUAUCAUCCCUAUAGAGAGGACCUCCAAAAGUUGAGAUUUUAAACAAGAAUCUAAAAAUACCACUAUUUACUGAAUGGAACCUGAAAAAAAAAAUGUUGUGGCUUACUAACUGUUGUACUGUGAAUUUGUGAUGGUUCUUCAGCAUUUUUUCUGCCUGUAUUAGACAUAAAACAGUAUGCAAGAGAUUUGAGAAUGUCAAAACCAGGUUGUGCAACAAACUAAGUGAAAAUGUCCCAAAUCUUUUAUGCAUGUGUGGACAUUUGAGUGUUUUUGUACAUUUCUAAAUUAUGUACAUUAUCAGAAAAAUGCACAUUUAAUGAUUUUAUCUAAUGCAGUAUCAGAGAUUCUCAAUUUACCCCUCAUAGACUAUAAAUGUUACCUCAAAUUUGUAAAGGUCUUAUUGGAAAUAUUGUGUUAAAUGUCCAAAAUGUUAUUUAUUGAUUAAAUAAAGGGGUGUUAUAAAUAGUCAUACCUAGAAUAGUUGUAUCUGAAAUAGAUUUUAUCCCUUGUUUAUUAUAGCUUUAAAAUCACUAGACAUUUUAGUUUGUUUUUCACUAGUUUGCAGCCUUAAAUGUUUAAAGUAUCUGCUGAGAAUAGAUGCUGUAUUCGCAAAGAGAAUUGUAGAUCAAGCUGUACAAAUACAAGUUGCACAAGAUGGUUUCUGUAACAUGACUUGCAAAUGCAUUACAUUUAGUUAAUAAUUAAAGAAAUAGUAUUCAGCAUGGUUAUGAUACAUUUCAUUACUUGAGGUUUUCUCUUUUUGAAAGUUCCUGCAAAUCUCCCUCUUCUCCACUUAAGUUUCUUGUGUCUCAGCACUCACAAUUGAGUCAUUACAAUAAAAGAAAAAUCACCACACAAUUCAAAUAAAUGUUUUUCAAUUGCA